GACGACACGACGGGCGGAAAAGGAGCAAGGGGCUUUUCCUCUCGAGGGGAGCCAGAAAUUCGACGCAUUGGUCGGAAAGGGCAGCGACGAGGAGGAGGAGGAGGAGGAGGAGGAGAAGCAGGGGACAGUAAAAAUAGGCAGAGUUUGAGAAAGGGGCGGAGUCGGUGCAGCGAAGGGCAAGCGGAAGGACGAAAGCAUUCGAGUUUGAACUUCGAUUAGAUCGGCAGGGAAGGGCAGGGCAGGGCAGGCGGCGAGAUGGCGCAAUUUCUCAGACAGAAGCUUGGUCCCAUGCUGCUCCGCCCAUCGGCUGCCGUGCAACCUAAGCAGAUUCCCAAGAGGACCUUUUCUUCUUCAGCUCAGCACGAAGAUGCAGAGGAGACCGUGAAGUGGAGAAACAUCACCAUACUUGGCUACAUCGGCUGCACCCUUCUGGGUGCUUACACGCUCAUUGGUGGUGAACAUCAUAACGAAGAGAGACCGGAAUAUUCUUAUCUGCGCAUCCGAAACAAGGAAUUUCCCUGGGGUCCAGAUGGUCUUUUUGAAUACAAAGAUGAGCACCACUGAACAUGCGGGAAUGGUGAACGCGAUUAGUAGCUGCUGGACUUGAAGAGGAAUAUGGACGGAGUCCACUGGACAACUAGUCUAAAAACCUGCUAGUGGAUGUCCCUUGCAGCAUCAAGCUGAUGAUUAGGAAUACGUGUGAUGGUCUCAGCUUUCCAUAAUAGACAAUGUAAUUCCAUAUUGUGUGGAGGAUGUACUCCUUCAGUCUUCAGCUGGCCAUAUGUAAGGUCAGGGAAUUGUAGCUGCUCCUGUUAUAUCACUUUCUUUUCUGGUUUUGUUCAUCGUUCACACUCUUUUCCAGCUCGAUUUGAAUCUGUCCCGCGGGAUCAAGAUGUUGAUCCACAGUUUUGUACUUGGUAGGCAUAUACAUGUUCACUCUACGAUCCGGAAGCCUGUGAACUGUGAGGUACAUUCUAGAGGUCCUCCACGGCGGAAGGAAAGUCAUGUCCUACCAGUAAGUUAGGAAUAAUGUCGCUCCGACCUGUGCCAUGUCUAGUCUGGUGGACACCAUUUAUUCGUAAUCACUUUCACAGGCUCGUGGAAACUGGGCAGCUGGAAGCUAAAUUUCA